UUUUUUCCUUUCUUUCCCUUGCAUCAACCCAAGUUAGAGCAGCCACCUCUAACUCAAACUUGUUCCGAGAAUACAUAGGAGCUCAGUUCAAAGGUGUCACAUUUUCAGAUGUGCCCAUAAACCAAAACGUAAAGUUCCACUUCAUUUUGUCCUUCGCCAUCGACUAUGACACGUCAUCGGGUACCCCUUCUCCCACAAACGGAAAAUUCAACAUCUUUUGGGACACCCAAAAUCUCUCCCCUUCCCAAGUCUCUUCCAUCAAGACCAACAACCCAAAUGUUAAGGUAGCACUUAGUCUCGGAGGAGACACUGUUUCAGACACUUCCGCUUACUUCGAUCCAUCUUCAAUUGAUUCUUGGGUUUCCAACGCCGUUUCUUCACUCACCACCAUCAUAAAAGAUUACAAUUUGGACGGAAUCGACAUAGACUACGAGCAUUUCAAGGGAGACCCCAACACUUUCGCUGAGAGCAUUGGAAGACUCAUUCAAACUCUCAAAAGCAACGGGCUCAUCUCUUUUGCUUCCAUUGCUCCUUUUGAUAGUGAUCAAGUUCAAACUCAUUACUUGGCCUUGUGGAAGAGUUACGGGCAUGUCAUAGAUUACGUUAAUUUUCAGUUUUAUGCUUAUGACAAAAGCACCACCGUCUCUCAAUUCAUCGAUUACUUCAACAAACAAACCUCAAAUUAUAAUGGUGGGAAUGUCUUGGUAAGUUUCAAUAGUGAUGGAAGUCGUGGGUUGACCCCUGAUAGUGGAUUCUUCACAGCGUGUAGUAUGCUCAAGAGUCAGCAAAAACUUUAUGGUAUAUUUGUUUGGUCUGCGGAUGAUUCCAAGGCAAAUGGUUUCACCUAUGAGAAGCAAUCACAAGAACUUUUGGCAAGUCCGAAUUAGAUUUUAAACUUGAUAUGCUUUAGAUAAAUUUUAAUGUGUUAGUGUGUUCCAUUUCCAUGACAAUUACAUUCAAAGUAAUAAUGUUUGCGUGUAUAACGAUGUAUACAUAAGUCUUUAUCAUUUGUUCUCUUAAAAAUUCUGAGAAGUUAUUAAAUGAUAUUGGAUCACAUAAUUUUUAA